CACGAGCGUUAAUGACGUUCCUGGGGUGAUUCUCGUGUCCAUAUUGGCCGCCCGAUACAAUUCGGGCGCACGUGAAACGCGUUUCACAAUUGAAGCCCGCGCCCUCCUCGGCCACCGUUCCCGUCAUGGCCGAUUUCUCAGAUCGCAAGUUGGGCAAAGAUGCCCAGAUGAGGGCAGCCAUAAAUCAAAAGCUCAUAGAGACUGGAGAAAGGGAACGUUUGAAGGAGCUUCUGAAAACGAGGCUGAUGGAGUGUGGCUGGAAAGAUCAGUUGCGGGCUCACUGCAAAGAUGUCAUUCGAGACAAGGGACUUGAACAUGUGACAGUGGAGGACUUAAUUUCAGAAAUCACACCAAAAGGCCGAGCGUUGGUGCCAGACAAUGUCAAGAAGGAGCUGCUGCAGAGGAUUCGUGCUUUCUUGGCGCAAAAUACUAACUUUUAGAGUUCUGCCAACAAUUCCGUACCACAACAUGUUGAUUAGAGCGUUGCCUCACAUAAUGUAUUGCUCAUGCCACCAUUCCCUUGUGCAGUUCGCACCCCGUGUGUCCAUGUGACGUUUUUACGUAGUCAUUUUUUGUAAGCAAUAAAAGUACCAUUAACAAAGCCAAAAUGGAUGUUAAAUGUUCAUGAUUUUCACGAGCUCGUGCUCAAGGCACUCCAACUUUGUGUUUUAAGCUUCAUAAUUUGGUUGUGGUAUUUAAUUUGUUGUUAAAGAUUUGUAGCAGCAGUUAAGAUCAUUUUCACGCAAAUUAACAGUUUGAGUCUAAUGUUUAAUAAUUAUAAGUCAUGCAGGUAAACGCAGGACAUUUAAGGCUUUUCUGUAUAAUCUGUGCAUUGGUCUCAUCAAGACAAUCUCCAGUGCUGCUCUGAUGAUUCCAAGAUUGAAAGCCUUCCUGUGAUGGUGCUUUACAAUCAUCAGUAUCACUGAAAUAGGUGACGAAAUCCAAAGGUUCAAGCAGUGAACUGAAGAGUCUGUAAAUCUAUUCAUCUCUGCUAAAAUGCAUGUUCUGGAACUAAGUAGUCUUUGUUGGAUUUCAACAUUUCCAGUUAUAUGUGGUUUGUGUUGGUGCAAUUAGGGAAAGGGAGGCUGGGCAGGCAGAUCUCCUAUGUCGGUUCUUCAAACAAUAAAUUCAGACCGGCUGUGACAAGUUUGGCAUAUUCUUGGUUCUUUCGGUAAAGUCACGUAGAAUGGAAAAAAUAAAACAUAAAAUAAUUCUCACGAUGUUUCGGCCACAACGCAAGCAGCCGUCCUAAGUUGGAGAACAGGUCUGUCGAGAAGACAGUUAUUUUAUUAUGUUUUAUUAUUGUUUUAUUUCCAUUCUACGUGACUUUAUUGAAAGAACCAUGAAGAUGAAUACCUGCAGUCACGAAAGCUUUAAAUUGAAAGUUUGGCAUAUGCUGGUGGGUCACGUGACUUCAUAUGUCACGUAUACUUAUGUCACGUCAUAACUUGUACAUUUGGUCACUCUGUACCUCUUGUCUCUGGGUCUUUUAUCUGUCUUUUGGUUGUCUUGCGUUCAUCUCCAGCUCAAUAAUAUUCACUGCUUGUCUGCAGUUCUCCCAUCUCUAUCUCUUGUUAAUCUUUCUUUCAUCUCUCUUAUCUGUUUCACUUUUGUGUCAUGCGAGUCAUCUUUCAGUGGGUCAUUGCUCGCCAUGCCACUCUCCCAAUACCUAUUUUUUUCCACCGUACAAUCAAGGUUCGCCAGAACUAUUUCGAAACCAGCGCGGCACAGCUGAGGAGGUGACAGGUUGAGUUUCCACUGCAGAAGUCGAGCCGUGCCAUUGCCGUCAAACGCAAUGAGCGAAACGUGUCCUUCCAGUGUACCAACUGACUGAUGUCGUGUGCAAAUGAACAGCAUCAUCCCCACCCCUGCCCUUGCUUUGGUGGCUCCGAGCUAGAAUCGGAUGUCUUCUGAGGUCAGCGUGUUGUGGUUUGAUUUCAGCCUGACACGGAAAAUCAAUUAGAAAGCCACCUGUACCUCGAGGGCCCCAUGCCUGCUUGGCUCGGAUGUGCCACUUGAAAAGGGUUCAAGAGUCCUUUGCGAACCACCUCUGGUCUGGCCAUCCAGUUGAAGAACCAUGACCUAUGUGAUUCGUGAAUUGAUUAUUGUAGGCAAUGAGGAAGUCUGUGUUUCUAAUCUAUGUUCAGUUUUGUGCGUGCUAUUUUAAGUGUGGCUUUUGUACAAAUUAUAUGGUUUCACUGAUGAUAAAAAUAAUUGUUCAACGUUCCAAGCAGGAACCUCCUGGAUAUCUUAAGAAGAACCCAUGAGGUUUUCCAAAAUAGAAAUAAUUUCCAAUUGGUGAAUUAGUAAAGUGCUUGGAUGGAUUACCAUGCAUACAUCCGAUAUGAAACAUGCAAAAAAUGCGUGUUCCAGGCUAUUACGAAACUCCUCUGCUCACUUGAUCAUGCCCCCUCCCUUCAAUCCGAACUGAUCAGCGUGGCGAAGUAUGGUCAAUUAACCCCCACGGCUCGCAUUGCAUGGGGAGGCCCUCAUCCAGCAUUGGUUUGACGAAAGGGCUACAUAUACACAUUAAUAACGUACGUGACUACAGGUGUGCAUUGUACUUGUUUGUGCUUGUCUUUAAAUAUUUACCAUCAAAUGUGAAAGUUUUAACGUCUGAAAAAUUGCAGCUGACAUGGAGAUCGACACUUUAUUAGUAUGGUUCACUUCAUAUUGUGUUUGCAGAUCUCAUUUUUUUUAUGCAUCUCCAAGACAAUGGUAUGCCAUUGUUUAGGUCACGCGUCUGGUGAAUGACCUUCUUUGCAUGAAACAUUUUGUAUUGCAUUCAUUAAGACUCUUCUUAUUGUGAUAAAUUCUCGCAGCACAAACAUUUUUUUCUAAAUCCAUCAUAAGAUACUGUGCAGCUUUUCGCGGUUUUGCGUUGUGCCAUGGGGGUGGUGUUCAGCAAGAUGUCCGGACAUUUCGACCCACCUAAGUUCCAUUCCCGAGUUCAGUUCCUGAAGAAUUCCCGAGCACGUGGUGCGAAACGUUGUACAUCGUGCUAAACAACACCGAUACUUUAUUUCCGAGAGGAUCUUUGGAACACAAUCUUGAAUUGGUUGUGUUGAUGUUGUUUUUAUGUUUUGUGAUUGUACGCAAACAUCAACAGGCUAUUUAUUUUUAAAAAUGGGUACGUUAGAAAAAAAGUUCCACAUUUAUUUUAAAACUUAAUUUCCACGGGCUACAUUUUCACAAUCAUUCUUUAUUUAUCCUGGGCAAAUCCGAUGAGCUAUUAAGCUAUUUCACAUAUGUCCAAUUUGGGCGGGUUCAGAACGUUGCAACAGCAAACAAUACAACAAAGUAUAGGAAAACUAAGCAAAUCACUAAAAUGUUCUAAUAAAAAAACUGAAAAUUUUACCAAGUAAAGCGAACUGAGCGAUUAGUUAUUUUACAGAAGCCACCUGGCCACAAAUUAUAGCUCUACGAAGUGGCGUAUCUUGUGGAAAUGUAUAUCAGCAGCUAAAUAAUAUGAAUUGCUAUUUCCGUCUUGCAUUUCUCAAAAUUGGUUGUCCGUCGUCAAACAAGCAUUAGGAUAAAAAUGGACAACGCUGCCAAAGUAACGUAUACAUGAAAUAGUUCACCGAAAUAUAAAAAAAACACAUGCAUGUUGUGCACGUGCGUAUCUUUACAAGCCCGUACAAUUGUACUGUAUAUGUAUGCUGUUUUAAGUUUGUAAGUCGAUGCAUUGGUGUCAUUUUUCAAUUUAACAUUUUAGAAACAUUACUUUGAAGGUGAACUGGUGGAUGUGGAAGCAUUUGUGCCUUGACUGCUUUUGUUGUGAUAAUAAAUAUUUUUCAAAAGAC